AUGGAGGAGCUGGUCCAUCUAGAGCAGAAGGAUCCCCGUGCAUACAGGAAAAAUGACAGUAAGCAGCGUAAAAUAAAGGGGAUGUGGGGUAACAUGAAGGCUUAUGUUGUGGAAGCUGUGUCUAGUGGAUCACCAAUUGUUGGCAUGUUGAAGAUGGUGGAUUCUACUUUCAAGCCCAACUUGCCAAGCCUAUGGGUUGCUAUUGCAAUAAUGAAAGAAAAUGUCUAUGCUGCCAAUCCACGUGGAAGUAGGAAAUUUGUGAAAAUAAUAGAAGACUAUUGGGAGCGUCAGCUUUCGCAUCCAUUGCAUAAAGCUACAUACUAUUUAAACCCAAGGUAUCAGUACACCAAGAGACUUGCAUUGGAUCCAGAUCUUCUGCAAGCAGUGAAGCAUAUGGUUGCUAAGUUGCAAUUAAAGCCCGAUCUACAAGACAAAGCCAAAAUUGAGAUGAAAGAAUUCAGGGAUGCAUUAGGCAGCUUCGGAGCUCUCGCCACAUACUUGGGUCGUAAGAUUACUGAUCUUGCUGAAUGGUGGGUGUUGUAUGGGGGUUCAGCACCGGAAUUAAGGAAGAUUGCCAUCAAAGUACUCUCCCAGACAUGUUCUGCAUCUGGUUAUGAGAGAAAUUGA